UCUCCCGCGGUGAGGGGUGGUGGUGCGCUCCGUGGGGAGCUCAUCAUCACUUUAAAACGCGCCACAGAGGGAGCACUGGCAGCGAGCACAGGGAGUACCUUGAUACUCCGGAGAGAAACACUGGGUCGAUCUUUGCUCACUGUCUUAAAAACUCGUGUAAAUUAUGAGAAAACGUGCACUAAGUUGAAAAAAAAAAAACUUACUUUGAAGCUGAUGCGACCCUAUGCGACCGUGGCAGCUUGGCGAGGUGGAGGCAGUCGUUACGCACGAAAGCAGUAGCUUAUCUCAAUGUCUGGCAGGCGAGUUGGAGCUCGAAAGCGUGUAGUUUCGUCUUCCUCUUGGUUUUUGUUUGAAGAUUCACAGAAACCUGCGUCUUCCUUGGACUCCAAGUUCUGCUCCGACACUCUGCGCCACUGAAGUGGAGUCCCGUGUUUUGCUGCUGACAACCCACAAGGAAGCAUGAAUGUUUCUCUUUUCAACUUGACCCAGGGCGCGCUGUUUAAUGGGAGCCAGACCCUCGCUGGGGCUCUGGAGAUAUACUCAAGUAACAGCUCAGAGACCGUGACGACCGGUGACGGCGGAGGGUCCCUGGUGCUGCUGCAGGAUGAGCGCAAACUCUUUGUUAUGCGUGUGGUCCAGAUCGCGGUGCUUUGCGUCCUGUCGCUCACCGUGAUGUUCGGCAUUUUUUUCCUCGGCUGCAACCUGAUGAUCAAAUCAGAAAGCAUGAUCAACUUCCUGGUAAAGGACCGGAGACCUUCCAAAGACGUGGAAACUGUCAUGAUUGGGCUCGGAUAGAGGACAGAGCUCAGGCGCUGCGGGAGACCCUGAAUGGGGAACUGGCGCGGAUUUUAGGAUCUGCAUCUGCACGUACCCAUCAAAGAAGCUUGAUGUGUAUCAAGAGUAACGAUAUGCAAAGAACUUUACAUUUCCUUCCGAAAGAUGACACCAGGAAAGUAUUCCUAAACGACCAAUGUUUGUGCGUAAAGUUCGUGCGUAAACUCCAGGCAGUCGUUUACACGUUUACAACGAUUCCUUAAAUAUAUGAAGUGGUUCUAAUAUUGCCAACUUGAACAAAGUAACAACAAUGUUUACAAGCUGUUACCUCAUGUUUUGUUCUCUCCCUUCUCUCAAAAGUAUUGAUUCAAGCGUCUAUUUACAAGCAUGGUUAUUUCUCAUCGUUCCACGCCUGCCAGUGUAAGACGUGGACGUGAUGUAGGUAUUUUUUCAAGACAAAAUAUUUUUUUCCUUGGUCUCAUUGGGUGAAAACCCUUUAAAAUAUCGAUAUUUUGUAGAGUAUUUUUGAAAAAACAAAAACAGUAACUCCGUGACAGCUUGAUGAAGUGAUUGUAUAACUGUUUGGCAUGCUCGCGGACUGAUCUGUAAAGUGACUUUUUGACACGUUUUGCACUUUUGAAAUGACCGAUGCUGCAUGAUAUAUUUUGUACUAAAUCGUUGAAACAGCAGCAUGCCAUUAAAUAUUGAAACUCA